GUCUGUAUUUUGACAGGUUCGCAAUGGCCGAUGCUCAUCCUGAUCAACGAGCUGAUCAACAACCCGCCCAGGGUGACACCAGCCAAACCAGCGGCCAGCCAGCGGCGGGAUAUGACAAGAAGUGUAUUUUCUGCAAGAUUGUGAACAAAGAAAUGGGCACAGAGCUCCUGCACAACGAUGAAGAGCUGUCGUGUUUCAGAGAUAUUCAUCCUGGAGCUCCACAUCAUUAUCUGGUGAUCCCAAGUUCACAUGUUGGGAAUUGCAAGUCCCUCAGCAGAGAACACGUGCCUCUAGUGAAGCGGAUGGUGGACGUGGGGAAGGAGGUCCUGCAGAAACACAACGUAGCAGAUCUCACUGAUGUCAGGUUUGGUUUCCACUGGCCCCCAUUCUGUUCUGUGGCACAUCUGCACCUUCAUGUCCUCGCUCCUGUCAGUCAAAUGGGCUUCAUGUCUCGCAUCUUCUACAGACUAAACUCCUACUGGUUUAUAACAGCAGAUCAACUGAUUGAGCAUCUCAACUCUAAAGAAGGCACAAAGUGAUGACUUGGACCAGUUUUCACACCAGUCGACUGUAAUGAGAGGAUUUACAACUGACCAUCUCGCAGAUGUAGGAUGUUGGGGAUAUUGUGUAGCUGAUUGGCCACAGCUACAGUUGCUUGAAUCAAUCACUUCCAUCUGAGAACAGAUGGGUUGUUUUUUUUGUUUUGUUUUGCUACAGUAAAAAAAAAAAAAACGUGAGGAGUGAAAA